AUGGCGGGGAUGUGCCAACUCUCCUUCUCCUUCGCUGGUGGACGAGCGGUGUGGCAGGUGGCAGUUGUUGUUCUGCGAGCCAUGGGUGUCCACAUCUCGGGUGCACGUUCGAACGUGCACAGCUACUAUAGCAUUACUGGCUGCUUGCUGGUCCUUCAGAUCAGCGAUCUGCUGACACGCGCCUUGAUCUUUAUUCCGCUUUUCCUGAGCUUUCUGAUGAGCGCACAUCGAGCAUCGGUUCUUCCUGAGGUAAAAGAUGGUGUUGUGAAAUUUCUGAGCAGCAAAUUGUUGGUCAGCCUGGGCAAUCUUGCCUUCCCAAUUUUUGUGGUGCACGGACCACUUGGGCAAGUGUUUUACAAGAAGGUCAUUGCCACGAAACUCUUCGGAGGGACCAUGUUGGCAGUGGUUGGUCCACAGUUUUUCUAUGUCUACCUGGCCACUGUGAUGAUGGCUGCCUGGGUGCUGCAGAAGGCCUUUCUUUCCAACAAGCAGGUGAGCUCCCUGUCCGGCAAGGUUGUGGACAAGCUUUCCAAGCUCUUCCCAUGA